AUGAGUUCUCAAGAAAUUCAGGACAUGCCGCGUACAACUAGAAGAUCAUUAAAAACGCUUCAACACACCGCUAAUGAUAGAGAAAAUUUGGUGGGUAGACCUUCAAAGAGUUUGAAACAUCAAUUAAGUCAAGAAUCUCUUCUAGAUGUGGAAGUUAAAAGGAAAAAUUUAUCCAGCAAAGAGACACAAGUAAAUCUAGAUAGCAAAAUAUCAGCCAGUGAUUUAACAAACCCAAAGGGAGCUUCUGAAAAAUACUGGCAAAUAUUGGCUGGAAAGCGUCAAAUUGCACUGCAAGAAGCACUAGAAGAGAAUGAAAAACUUCGUAAAAUUAUUGAGGAAUUAAAGCAAGAGAAUAUUCUUUUCAAGCAAAUGUUGGAAGAAGCUAAUAGUUUUGUGGAAGUUAUCAAGGAGGAGUUGGCGAAUAGCAGUAAGGAUGACACAGGCAUAGAUGUAAAUGAUGUAAGCCAGUCUGAUGCUACAGAAGAUGAGGCACCAAAUACAACAGACUCUACUGCUGACAACAAGGAU